AUGGUGAUGAGAGAGAGCGCAAUAGGACAGCCGCAGCAGCAGCAGCAGGACGGUGGCAGCGCUCGUAAUCGGAUGAUAGAGUCGGACGGCUGGGAUCAUUCAGAGGGUGGCACUGGUGCGGGUGCUGGUGCUGCAGAUUCAGCAGGUUCAGGCGAGUUGACCUCGUCGUCAACAACACCGGCCAGUUGGGCUCUGUCCGCCUCACCAGCCUCCUUACAGUCAGCGUCCAGCUCGCGCUCUUCAUCACCAAUCACCCAACAACAGCCCAAACACAAACCAAAUCAACGUGCUCACUCGUCAUCGUCCUCACCUCGAUCACAACACUGCACUGAUUGUACCGCUCGAGAUGGAAUCGUAACGAAUCAGAAGCAUGAUGAGGUGCGUCUGAUGCAGAUGGACGGCCGUAAUAUAAUGUUAGCGACUGAGCAGUCGUCCUCUUCAUAUGGCACUGCAAUUCGACGUGAAACCUUCUUCAAAGAGUUCUCAUUUUCACCAGCUGUAACGAUCAUAUUGGAUUAUGAAGGGAAGCGCGUCAAGACAGAACAAGGCACAUUGAUUGGUCUGUUGAUUGGUUUGAGUAAUCUGCAGUGUACGAGACUGGAGUUAAAGGAGUUGCAUAAUAGGAACGGGAUGCUGGGCAUAGGCAGGUGUAUACAGUUCGCCGUCAACGAGUGGAUUCAAGACAUACAAAGCACGCAAUUGGGUGAUGUUAUCGGAAGUUAUGGACCGAUAACAUCGUUGGUGCAGAUU